AUGGGACCGUCGACUCGAAGCUUUUACCGUUGUGGCCUGUGGGACACACUGGAGGUUUGUGACUGCAUCGAGGGUAGGGAAGAUACCCCGUGGCCACGUCGGAUGCUGACGAGCGAAGAGCUUGCUCUUCGAGCAUGCCCGAGAUGCUCCACCGAUUCACAGCACCUCCACUUGAAGGAACCGACCGUUGAGGCCACGACUUGUCCUCCAUCCGACACCAUGGCUGACGACAACAUGGAGGUGGAGAUCCUGGAACGCCUCGAUAAGGAGCUGGGAUUUGUGGACCCCGAGGAGGUGGACAUACCCGAAGAUCCACCCAGACCGGUCCCCUUACCGUUGGGAGCAGCGAAGGCAUUCCUCCGCCCGACGCCGAAUAUCGCCGCCGGUUGCUCCACAACACCGUCCCCAGCGCUCGGACCGGCGAGACUACCAGGGACAACACCGCCCAGGGAGAAGGUCCCAUCCAGCACCGUUGAAUCCUGGGGAAAAACCGGAGUCAGUAAAAGGUACCUGGAGACGAAAGCACGGAUACGGAAGGGAACACAAACACAAGAACAACAAACUGACAAAGACGAGUACCUACCCCCAAACACCAGAACCGUUGGGACUAUGGGCCCCCAGGUAUACGUGGAGCUCCGCCCGGGGUUGUGUUGGAGGUGCGGCCAGGGGGAACACACCAGAGCCACCUGUAGCAGAACCCCCACCCUGUUCUGCAGCCGCUGUGGUCUGUUGGACACCCUCUCCCGGGAUUGUCCAUGUGGAGGUGUGAAGAAAGAUCCAACACCGUCUCCUACCGGUCCAGGAAACAAGAAGCCCCGUACCGCUCCAAUUCCGAAGAAGGAACCGCUCCCCCGGAAGACGUCCCAGAAGACGACCCAGGCCUGUCCGAGGUGCCACUAUGUGGCCAAAACCUACAACAAGAAGUCCCGUUAAUGACCGUAAUCAAAAUAAACCGUACCGUUAUAUUAUAGCAUGCACCGAUAAUAAAUGGGAUACAUCCGU